AUGAAUUCUGAUAAUUUUUUUGAAGAUAAUUAGAUAAUCAAAAAAACCAAAUGUAUAAAUACUUUCGAUUUUAGACAAUGAAAAAAGUAGAUAGAGUAGAAAUAUUGAUGGAUAUUAAUAUUGUGAUUAGCAUUAUUAGGAAAUUCACUUCUAGAUUGAAUACUGUCAAGGAGAUAGUAUUACAUAUAUUAAGGACGGUUAAAUCUUAUUAAAGUAAUACUUUUUAACUAAACUCUUAGAGAUUGGAUAAAUGAUAACUUUUCAGAUUAAUAGAUCAUAACCAACUUUGAUUUUCUGAGAUAUUUAUUAUGGGAUGGUUAAUAUCAUACAAAAUAAAAAAUUGGCAGAUGGACUCCAUAUUGGAAAGGUAAUAGAUUAGAUGCUGGAGGCAUUUAUAAUGAAGAAGGCUUAAAAAUAGGAAAAUGGAUAGAACCUGUCAAUAUGUUUGGGGAGUAUGUCUAAUUAUUUAAAUUAUAGAACUGAUAGGGUUAACUUUGUUGGUUUAUAUAAAUAAGGAAUAAGAGUACGAAAUUGGCAGUAUUUUUUAUAUUACUACCAUCAUGAAACUAAAAAAUUUAUUCUCCAUUUCAAAGGAGGAGGUUAUUUUAAUGACUCAGGAAAUAAAUAAGGAAAAUGGAUAGAAUUAAUUGAGGGAUUUACAGAGUAUUAAAAUUAAAUACAUAAUAGUGAAUCUGAAAUAAUAAGUUAUGGAGAAUAUAAAGAUGGAAAAAAAAUUGGUAUAUGGGACACAUACUUCAAUAAAAAUCUCCUGUAUUCAUCAAUAUUUAUUUAAAUAUCAGUUUUAGUGGAUGUUAUGACAUGAAUGG